AUGUAUUCUGUGGAGUGGCAGAAACGAGGAUUGCCACAUGCACACAUUUUGAUUUGGUUGGUUGAAAAUAUAAGGCCAAAUGAAGUUGAUGCAGUGAUAUCAGCUGAAAUCCCUAAUGUACAAGUAGAUCCUGGAUUGCAUGAGGUAGUUAUCAAAAACAUGAUACAUGGUCCCUGUGGAACUCUUAAUCAAAAUUCACCCGGUAUGAUGGAUGGUAAAUGUUCAAAACGAUAUCCACGGACAUUAAUAUCGGAAACAAUUACUGGUAAUGACGGUUAUCCAUUGUAUCGUCGCAGAUCGACAGCAGACAAUGGAAAAUCAACAAUUGUCAAAUUAAAUCAACAAGAUAUUGAAAUAGAUAAUCGUUGGAUUGUUCCAUAUUCACCCAUUUUAUCAAAGACAUUCAAAGCACACAUCAACGUUGAAUCUUGCCAUUCAGUGAAAUCUAUUAAAUACAUUUGCAAAUAUGUAACCAAAGGGAGUAAUAUGGCUGAGAUUGGAAUUGGUGCAGAGAAUUCCAAUGAUGAAGUUACCCAAUACCAAAUGGGCCGCUAUGUCAGUAGUAAUGAAGCAGUUUGGCGAAUAUUUUCUUUUCCUAUUCAUGAGAGACACCCUUCUGUUGUUCACUUAGCUGUGCAUUUAGAAAAUGGACAAAGAGUGUAUUUUACAGCACAGAACGCAGUACAAAGAGCUGCUCAGCCACCAUCUACUACAUUAACCAGUUUUUUUGAGACAAGCCAAAACGAUGAUUUCGCACAAACAUUGCUAUAUUCUGAAAUGCCAAAAUAUUAUACCUGGAAUCAAUCCUCAAGGAGAUUUAUACGACGGAAACAAGGAAAACCAGUUCCAGGAUAUACAGAUGUAUAUUCCACCGAUGCGAUUGGCCGGAUUUAUUCAGUACAUCCAAGCAAUGAUGAAUGUUUUUACUUACGACUGCUAUUAGUCAAUGUACGUGGCCCAACAUCAUUCCAACAGUUACGAACUGUUGAUGGUGAAUUGUGUGUAUCCUACAGAGAAGCCUGUCAACGUUUGAAAUUGCUUGAAAAUGACGCUCAUUGGGAUCAAACUCUCAAUGAUGCUGUAAUAUCAUCACACCCUCAUCAAAUACGAACAUUGUUUUCUAUAAUCAUAUCUACAUGCUUCCCAUCAAACCCAAUUGAUUUGUGGAUCAAGUACAAAGAUUAUAUGUGUGAUGAUAUUUUGUAUCAAAUACAGAAUAGAAUGGGAAAUCCAAAUAUACAAAUCAGUGAAGAAAUUUACAAUGAAGCAUUGAUUUCAAUUGAGGACAUGUGA